CCAUUCUGGCUGUCUGUGUGUACCCUUUAUUUGACCCCGCGUCCGGCAAUUAUUAAAGCACUACGGUAAUAAUUCAGUCCUCCUCGCAAAACAGCUCGCCGUUUUUUCUGUUGGUCAGCCGCUAAACCGAAAUUUCCCGAAAUCCAACAAUGAUGAUGAUCAGCAACUCGACCAAGGUGGUUUGCCUCAAAGGCGCCGCCGUCCAACAGCAAAACCGGUCGAUGGCCACCCUGAAACACAUUCAGAUGCGUCUCAAGUCCGUCAAGAACAUCCAGAAGAUCACGCAAUCCAUGAAGAUGGUGUCGGCCGCCAAGUACGCUCGUGCCGAACGCGAGUUGCGCCAAGCCCGUCCGUACGGCGACGGCAUUUCGGCAUUUUUUGACAAAUCUGGCGCCACCGAAGUACCAGAAGGAGCAGAAGACGAAGGUAACAAACUGAUCGUAGCCAUUACAUCCGAUCGUGGUCUGUGCGGGGGAGUCCACACAAACGUGUCCAAAAUGAUACGUAAUGAAUUGGCCACCGAAACUGGCGAUAAUGGUACCAAAGUAGUGUGCGUCGGUGACAAGUCUCGAGCUAUUCUGCAGAGACUUUACUCCAAAAACAUUUCCGUUGUCGCUAAAGAAGUCGGCCGUAAACCGCCCACGUUUUUGGACGCAUCAAAGGUGGCCAACCAAUUGAUCAAUUUGGAUUACAGCAGCGGCAAAAUCGUCUUCAACAGAUUCAAGUCUGUCGUGUCUUAUCAAACCGAAGCACUUCCGUUGUUGAGCACAAAGGCCAUGUUGGCUGCUCCGAAAUUGCAAUCGUACGACAGUCUCGAUCAGAGCGUGGUCGAAUCCUAUCAGGAGUUCACCAUGGCCGCGUUGCUUUACUACACCAUGAAACAGGGCGCUUGCAGCGAACAGUCAGCAAGGAUGACGGCCAUGGACAAUGCCAGCAAGAACGCCAGUGAAAUGAUUGAAAAACUUCAGUUGGCGUUCAACCGUACCAGACAGGCCGUCAUCACCAGGGAGUUGAUCGAAAUUAUUUCGGGAGCCUCGGCUUUGGAAUAAUCAUUUGUAUUGUUAUUAUUAUUAUAUAAUAUAAAAUAGAUAAGGAGGACAACAACAACAACAAGUAGUUGACCGACGGGGCGACCAACACCGUAUAUAAUAUACAGAACGUAAACAUUUUUAUUCAUUUGUAAAAUUCCAAUAUUUAUUAUUAUACACGCUUACCUUAAAAAAAAAAACUGUUCCGAAAUGUUAUAUAGUCGUUUGAUUACUGCGUAAAUCAUUUGUAUGUAGUAAUCUAUUGAAAUAGAUAAAUAAAAAAAAACAAUAAAGUAAACAUUUUGUUUUUGUA